CGUCGACCUCAACAUCAUUCCUCUCCCUCCCUCAACGCACUCGCGUAUAACUCGCAUCCUCGGCGCUUGCCCACCCGCUGACACUUCUCCCCUCGUCUCCAGAAUUGAACAAGAACCACCCGGGACAGGACAGACACUCGCCCGCUCAUUCCGCCAACUUACCUUUUCUUCAUCCCCGUAAUCCACAUCCACAAUGUCCGCCAAGUCGAUCCUCGAGGCCGACGGCAAGGCCAUCCUCAACUACCACCUCACUCGUGCUCCCGUCAUCAAGCCGAGCCCUCUCCCCGCCUCCACCACCCACAACCCCCCCACCCGCCUGGCCUCGCUGCACUUUGCUGAGGAUGCCAACGUCGGCGACAUCCUGAACCAGGCCGAGGUCACCUACCCUUGGCUCCUCCAGCCCGGCGCCAAGUUCGUCGCCAAGCCCGAUCAGUUGAUCAAGCGACGAGGGAAGAGCGGUCUCCUCUGCCUCAACAAGACCUGGCCCGAGGCCAAGGCUUGGGUUGCUGAGCGCGCCGGCAAGGAGCAGCAGGUUGAGCACGUUGCUGGUGUUCUCCGACAAUUCCUUGUCGAGCCCUUUGUUCCUCACCCCCAAGACACCGAGUACUACAUCAACAUCAACUCUGUCCGAGAUGGCGACUGGAUCCUCUUCACCCACGAGGGUGGUGUCGAUGUUGGAGAUGUCGACGCUAAGGCUGAGAAGCUUCUGAUCCCCGUUGACCUCGCCGAGUACCCCUCCAACGAGGAGAUUGCUGCCACUCUCCUCAAGAAGGUGCCCCAGGGUGUUCACAAUGUCCUCGUUGACUUCAUCACCCGCCUCUACGCCGUCUACGUCGACUGCCAGUUCACAUACCUCGAGAUCAACCCCCUGGUGGUGAUCCCCAACGAGGACAAGACCUCUGCUGAGGUUCACUUCCUGGAUCUUGCUGCCAAGCUGGACCAGACUGCCGACUUCGAGUGCGGUGUCAAGUGGGCCAUUGCCCGAUCUCCCGCUGCUCUGGGUCUUACCAACAUCGCCCCCUCCGGCGAGAAGGUCAGCAUCGAUGCUGGUCCCCCCAUGGAGUUCCCUGCCCCCUUCGGCCGUGAGCUCACUAAGGAGGAGGCUUACAUCGCCGACCUUGAUGCCAAGACUGGUGCUUCCCUGAAGCUCACCGUCCUGAACCCCAAGGGCCGCAUUUGGACCCUGGUCGCCGGUGGUGGUGCCUCGGUCGUCUACGCCGAUGCCAUCGCCUCUGUUGGCUUCGCCGACGAGCUGGCCAACUACGGUGAGUACUCCGGUGCUCCCACCGAGUCUCAGACCUACCACUACGCCCGCACUGUCCUGGACCUCCUCCUCCGCGCCCCCAAGGCCGAGAAGGGCAAGGUUCUCUUCAUCGGUGGUGGUAUUGCCAACUUCACCAACGUCGCCAGCACCUUCAAGGGUGUCAUCCGCGCUCUCCGGGACUUUGCUCCCAAGUUGAUCGAGCACAGCGUCCAGAUCUGGGUUCGUCGUGCCGGCCCCAACUACCAGGAGGGUCUCAAGAACAUGAAGGCCGCGACCCAGGAGCUGGGCCUCAACGCCAAGAUCUUCGGCCCUGAGAUGCACGUUUCUGGUAUCGUGCCCCUGGCCCUCGUCCCGGGCAAGUGGGAGGAGAGCAAGCUCCAGGAGUUCCAGGCUUAAAUGGCAUGAAAAAAUAAGCUGGGCACGCUGCAUAUUUGGUGUCCUGGCGUAGAAAGCGGGUGCAGGUGCAGAUAGGAUACCUGAGCGGUGACCAUGUGGUACUGUACUUUGCAAGAUAGAACGGGACGGGU